AUGACUACUGUGAGGACUGUCAUAGCUAUUGCGGCUCUUAAGCAUUGGCCUCUUUUCCAGAUGGAUGUACACAAUGCCUUCCUGAAUGGUGAUCUCUUUGAGGAGGCCUCUAGGCAAUGGAUCUUAAAACUAACACAAGCCCUACUAACAUCUGGCUUCAAACAGAGCAGACAUGACUACUCAUUAUUCACUAAAACUACUAAUGGUGCUUUUGUGCUCAUACUUGUAUAUGUAGAUGAUUUGCUUGUUACAAGUAAUGAUUUGGCAGAGAUACAAUUAGCCAAAGAUGCUCUGCACAAAAACUUUAAACUGAAAGAUCUUGGAGAACUAAGAUACUUUCUGGGUGUUGAGUUUGCUAGAUCAAGUGAGGGCAUCAUAAUGUCACAAAGAAAGUACACUUUAGAGAUGAUCUCUGAAGCAAGCCUCCCAGGUUCAAAGCCUAAAGAAACUCCAAUGGAACAACAUCUAAAGCUAACUAGUGCAGAAUUUGAUGAGCUAAUAAAGACAAAAAGUUCUGAUGAGCUUUUGUGUUUGAGUCAGUUUUUGCAAGCACCAAAAAGGUCACAUUAUGAAGCAACUCUACAUGUAGUGAAGUAUGUCAAGAAUCAACCUGGACUUGGACUCUUAAUGUCAAGCACUAGUGCAAAAGAAAUUGUGGCUUACUGUGAUUCAGACUGGGCUUCAUGCCCCAUGUCUAGAAAAUCAGUUACUGGUUUCUGUAUCAAGCUAGGAGCAUCACUUAUCUCCUGGAAAGCAAAGCAGAGAACUAUAUCUAGGAGUUCAGCGGAAGCUGAAUAUAGAAGCAUGGCACGUACAGUAGCAGAAUUGAUAUGUUUGAAAGGACUACUGAUGGGGUUGCAGGUGAAUGUGAAAAUGCCUAUGGAGUUGUAUUGUGAUAAUAAGGCAGCCUUACAAAUAGCAACUAAUCAUAUGUACCAUGAGAGAACAGAAUAUAUAGAGAAUGACUUCCACUUUAUAAGGGAGCAAAUACAAGAAGGUUUGAUAAGAACUACAUAUUUAUCGAGUCAAGAGCAGCCUGCAGACAUCUUGACAAAGGCUUAA